AUGAGUCAAUAUGUGGAACCCGUUCUCUUGUUGUCGAAUUUCGUCUCAACAACCUCCACCACUUUGGCAUGGUUCAGUGAAACUCGCUGGACAUGGGAGAUCGAGGUCCCCCUGCACGCCGAGAACAAUGCCUUUCUGCGCCAUGCCUUGCUAGCGACGUCUGCGCUGCAUAUAUGUUUCCUGCAGCCACCGAAUCGGAGCGAAUAUCAUCUGGCGGCAUGGCAGAACCAUAGAGAAGCAACGGUUCAAUUCCGAUCCAACGUGGCUGAAAUAACGCAGGACAACUGCAUCGCAGUGCUGGCCUUCUCCUUGCUGAUAUCCGUCUUUCAGCUUGGUGCCGUCAGGGCAUCCGCCGACAGGACUCUAGAAGAAGCUCUUGGGCAGCUUGUUCAUGCGCUUUCGGCCUUGCGGGGUGCGUGGUCCUUGAUCGGCCAACUUCAUCCUCACUUGGCUCAAAGCCGGGUGAGCAACCUUUUCCUCCAGAGGCGACACUUUCAACCCACACCUCUCGACAGCAGCCACCAGCAAGCGAUAGAGCGCCUUGAGACCUUGAACAGUCGCUCGAAUGCUCCUCUCCAAACUUGGGUUGCACGCGCUGAGGCUAUCCGUUUCCUUCAUAGUUGGUUUGCCAUCACAUCUGGAUCUCCCUCGACAUGGCUACACCUGGUAUAUUGGCCAUCAUCGAUUCCGGCCGAAUACAUGUCGCUUCUGAAGCAAUAUGACCCCGUCUCCCUGGUGAUAUUCUGCCACUGGUCCGCAGGAAUCGGUUGCAGAUCCCAGAAAUGGUUUCUCGCUGAAUGGGCGCAGCAGACAAUCGAUCUCGUUGCGAGAUUACUGGGGCCGGAAUGGCAUCCAGCGCUUGAAUGGCCAAUGAAAGAGAUGUAG